AGCGGUGGACUCCCAGGAGUACUACAGAGAGCGUCGUCGAUACCUGCACAGCGUCCGCCACAGUCAAGUCCUCACGACCAGCGACGAGACGAGGCACCAGACGAGAAUCCAGCAGCUCAACGGCGGACUCACGCAGAAUAAGAAUCAACUUCGACAAGACCGUAGAAAGGAGAAAGAGGCAUUGCAGAGUCUCAUCCGUCAUGAGGAAAUCUUGGAGGAGCAAGAGGUGGAAAUCAAGAGCCGUGUGAAGGAGCUAACGAGACUGCUGAGAGAACGGCCUCUCAUCAUGAACCUACACGCUAUGAAAGCGAGGCUCCACAGGGCUCACCAGGAGGCCGCUCGCAAAGCUCGAGAGGCCGCUUUAAGGGCGUUGGCAGAGUUAGGAGUAGAUGGCUCUUCAUACUCGUCAGGCUUUCCCAAUCCUCUACCUCCAAUAAGUAGCUCUCGUAAACUUGAGACGGGCGAUAAAAACGACAGUACUAUCUUAUUCUCUGGGAGAGAUGAUGGCGGAGGCAACGAAGGUGAAGGAGAAGGCGAAGGCGAAGGCGCAGAUCAAGGUGAAGGUCAGACGAGAGAUGGCGCUCUUCGAAGGAAACGCAGUAUUAAAGCGUCGACUACUCUAUCUUCGAUGACCCUCGGGUCAUCAGUAGACACAACGCAGAUGUCGGCAGCAGAGAUAGAAAAGAAGAAGAGGGAAAGGCACGCUGCCAAGAAGAAGGCGAAGAAACAAAUCGAGGCAGCCCUUGCGAGGGGAAACUACGAGCUGACAGAGAAGGGAGCCAUCAUCUACGCAUCUAGGAGUUGGGAAAAGCUGGGACUUUCAGCUCCGUUUGCCAAAC